CGCUCGCCUUAUGCUCCAUCAAACUAAGAGCUUUGUUAUAAGACGUUGAUCUCAAUAUUUGACGUUGUUAUAAGAGCUUUCAUUCUAUACUCAAAAAACACUUUGCUUCUUUUUGCUUCUAGAAACAAACAAUAAUGGGUGCUAACGUUUCUUCUCCAGACCAGAGGUUCCAUCAGGUAACUCACUUACGUUCCAUGAAGCCAUCAUGGACACCUCAACCUGAGAGUACUUAUCCUUUCAAAGCCAACAGUCCUGGUAUUGUGGAGAUAAAAAACAAGAAUCAGUGGAAAUCUCGGCUCAACGCUCUCAAAGAUACCAACAAGCUGCUGGUGAUCGAGUUCACAGCCAAAUGGUGCGGACCGUGUAAAUCCCUUGAACCAAAGCUUGAAGAGUUGGCAGCUAAGUUCACUGAUGUUGAGUUCGUGAAGAUUGAUGUCGAUGUGUUAAUGAGCGUGUGGAUGGAGUACAACCUUAACGCUUUGCCUGCGAUUGUAUUCAUGAAGAGAGGCAGAGAACUAGACAGGGUUGUGGGUGUGAAGGUUGAUGAGAUAGAGAGGAAGCUCCACAAGUACACACAAUCUUUCUGAUGAAAAUAUGAAGCUUCUAAUUACGUACACGCCAAACAAAACUCCUUAUCACCUUGUGCCAAUAAACAGUAUACUACUAUAUAUAAAUACUACUAUAUAUAAAUAAUUGUUUGAACCAGGAUUCAACAAAAUAAAACGUGUAUGUGAUGUAAAGGAAUUGGAUGUUGGAUUUGCUAUGUAUAUGAUCAGUGAUUUGUGUUAGUUUGGCGUGUUGGAUGUUGGAUUUGGAUUUGGAUGAUGCAUGAACCAUUAUAAUUUCUUUUA